CUGUGGGGUCGGUAAUGGAAAAUAAAGACAGCAGAGCAACCUGCAGGAACUGUAUGCCAGAAAGAUCCAGGAUGAUGUGAAGCAUAACAAGUGAAGACCUGGGAAAGGGGCUAAGCGAGGAGGUGAAUACAUUUAUUCCACUUGCCCCCCACCACUCUCUGCCCCCAUCCUUUGGCAUCAGGAGUUGUUAUCUUCUGCUGAAUUGGGAAGAGCUGAACUAACCAGGAAUGUCACCUGUAGAGAAGAGCCUAUUUCAGAGGACAGUAUGGAAUGUGAGGCAUUAACCAUCACCAGCAAGGAACAACAAAAGAAGAGAAACAAGACAGAAAUGAAAGAAGAGGAAAGGCAACUGUACUGGAAAAGGAAGGAAAGAGAAAGAGGUAAAAGGGAACUUCUGAAUUAUGUCUCUAUAGUCAUGGCGGUGUUACUGUAUUUAUUUAUUGUAUAUGUCUCUGUACCAUUGAGUGUUCGACUAUUCCCUUCAAUAAUAAGAAAAUUUGUAUAUCUCAAUUUUUUGGCUUACCCUUUUGGAGUAGAUUAUAAUAAGCCUGAGGUAUUUCUAAAGAACACCCGAAACUUCUAUCUUACCUCUGAACCAGGAAUCACUUUUGGCAUUUGGUAUACUCUAGCAGACAACAGACGGAAGGAAGCUGAAGGAAAAGACUUCAGCUGGUAUGAAGAGGCCCUCGCAGAUGAUAACCCCAUCAUCAUCUAUCUCCACGGCAAUGGGGGUACCAGGGCAACAAGUCACCGAGUUAAUUUCAUAAAGGGAAUGAGUGAUGGUGGCUUUCAUGUCUUGACUGUGGACUACAGAGGCUAUGCAGACUCUACUGGUAAACCUAGUGAAAAAGGCUUUACAACAGAUGUUCUCUGCCUUUACAACUGGAUAAAAGCACGGAGUGGAAAUAGCACAAUCAUCUUCUGGGGACACUCCCUGGGCACCGGAAUUGCUACCAAUACUGCCAGAAAGCUGAAAGAACAAGAAGGUAUCAUAGUGGAUGCAAUCAUCCUGGAGGCUGCUUAUACCACUAUUCGGGAUGCAGCUGCCAGCAUCCCACUAACAACAAUCUACCGCAAGUUUCCUGGCUUUGAAUAUUUCAUUUUGGACACCAUGGCCCGAGCUGACAUGUUCUUUCUGAAUGAGGAAAAUGUUCAAGUGUUAUCUAGUCCUAUUUUGAUCUUGCAUUCAGAAGAUGACAAGAUGAUACCUAUACAACAAGGAAGAAAGCUUUUUGAGAUCACAUACGGUGCCUCUGAGAAGAAAGACAACAUCAAGUUUCUUUCCUUCCCACCUUCCAUGGGUUUGGGGCACGACCACAUCUCCUCUCAUCCCGAGCUUGCUUCCAUUCUCAAAGACUUCCUCAAGAGCAUUACGUAGGAUCAGCAAUCAAGUGGACAGUGACUUUGCAGCAACCUCAAGGAGACAUCUGUUCUUGCCACGGAUAUUAAAAUAACGAACAGUUGGAAGAUAAAAAAAGUGGAUUUCAGUUUAUUUUAUCAGGUGAAAUUUGCAGAUAUACGUUACAGAACAUUACUGGGCAAAAAUACAGGAGCUUUUGAGUCUAGCAAAGAUUUCUUCUUUUUAUAUAAAUGCACCUCAUCUUGAGUGCUAUAAGCCUUAUUUCAGCAGAACAUCUUUUUUGUCUCAGCAUGUCUUCUUACUCACAGUUAUGUUGCCAGUAUGAAUCAAUUUGAUUUAUAGUGUACUAUACAGGGCAACUUCCUUAAAGGCCCAAUGCUGUCAAUAUCUGCUAAAAGGGACAAGGUGUUCUUCAGAAUACUUCAAAUAACUAUCAUUGCUAAGUAGGAACAUAUGCUCGCCCUUUGAAAGAAGAACAUGUAAUCCAGAUUCUAUACAAAACAAUACAAAUUCUGUGUUAACGCUG